UGACACUGUCCAUAGAAGCAGCUGGGUUACUGAACCAUUGCCUCCCCUGUUAGACUUCUAAACCGUCACAGUUCCAUCACUUCGCAAUGCCGGUCUACAUGCUCUACGGCUUUAAGUGGCCGCGCGCUGGCUUCACGGGUAUACGAGUCUACAUCGUCCUACACAACCUAGAGGAUGCGACAGCGGAGUAUCUCCAACAACCGACUACUACCCAGCUGCUCCUCGAGUCGUUCGCAAAGACCGAACCGGGUAUCGUAUCCCGUCUCCCCGACCUGCGGUUUAUUGAACAGUAUGAUCCCAACGACGUCAGCGAUGCAGCCGUUAGCAAGCCCUACGCCUACGUCGCGGGUAAAGUGAUUACACUACCGGAAUCCGGAGUGCUAAGUUGGGACGCUGAGGAGCUGGUCAAGGACCCGGGCUUAGAGAAGGACGCGAUGGAAGCGUUGACUGAGAUGCGGGAUAAAUAUGCCGCCGGUGAGAAGAUUGGCUGGUGGAUUGUGUACAAUGGAGACCCGGAGAGAUGGUUCCCCCCAAAUGAAGAGGAUGAUGAUGACAGUAUGAUGUACGAAAAGGAUGAAGAUGGCGAAGGGAGCGCAUAUGGGAAUGGAUCACGGCCCCCUUCAACACCUACUGCAUUCCUUCCCCAAAGAUUAACGCAGUUCUUCGGUUCUAAAAAGGCCGCUUGAGUUAGCCAUAUGAAUGACGUGCUUAGCCAUGCGAUCUACCAAAAUAUGACGAGUCAUUGUUUUU